AUGUGGGGCAGACAAAACCGGCGUCGUCCGAUGCCGUUGCCGGAGGGGUGGUUCGCUGCGGAGGCAGAAGGCCGCGUCUACUAUUAUUCUACAACUGGUGCUACAACGUGGGAACGCCCAACCUUGCCCGCCCUCCCUGCGAGACCUACGCCGGCUGAACAUGCAUCUAGGAAACAAUCCAACAUCGCUCUACAAAGCAUCAUUGACGACAUCAUGAACUCCCAGGAGGAAACGCCUUCCGACGUUCGGAACAGUGACACCCCCUCGACUCCUCACCCCUCUGCUGACCAAACGGAGGCGAAACCAAAGGAUGGCGAGAAGUGGCGCAAGCUUCCGUUGGAGAAACAGAAGCGCAUUUACGAAAACACCCUUUUCCCUAUCAUCAAGCCUGUCGUGGACAGUUACAAGAACAAAAUCCCCCGUGACGAUCUGAAGCGGUUCGCCAAGGAGAUCUCAAAGAAGAUGGUCGAAAGCGACUACAAGAAGAAUCGCGUCACCGACCCCACAGUCAUGAUCUCUGCCAAGCACGAGAAAACCGUGAAGGGUUACUGCAAGUCCUACUUCCAAAAGGCCGCGGAGAAGCACGCCGCUCGUGCCAGAGAGAAGUCGCAAUCCGCCCAGUCCCAGGGUGCAACCACCAACACCGGAACCGAGGAGCCCAACACAGACACCAAGAUGUCCGGUGAUGACACUCCGGCUGUUGAUGGCGCGAGCUCUCCCAUGCCAUACGACGACCUCAAGCGCAAGCGUGGCUCCGUUACGUCUUUCGAUGGCUCCAUGGAUGGGAACAGUUCUCCCUACAAGCAGCAGAAGUCGAUCCCUCCGCCACCUCCCCCUCCCCCUCCUCCAGCCGGUGCUCCGAUGGACUACGCCGGCGAUUAUGACAUGGAUAACGACAUGGAUAACGGCGGUGAAGAAAUAUCUCCCGAGCACAAUGCCAUGGAGCAUAGUGCCAUGGAGACAGGCCCGUAA